AGAUCUUCCCCACUCUCGUGCCUUAUCUGUUUUUUAUCUUAUCGCAAUCCCCCAUUUACUAAUACGCGUCGGCGCGUCUUCGCUGAAUGUUAAAUCAACAGUUCAACAGUGAUGCCGGCGAUCCAUAAUAUCGGAUUUAUAAUAUCCAUGGUAGCAUCAUCUUCAAUCUUAUAAAUAGAUACCUAAAGAAUGGCUUCCGAGGAGCCACAAUCACAAGAACUCUCCGUUGCGGAGAAGUUGGACAGUGAGAUUGCAACUUUAAGAGCUCAAGUGGAAUCACUAAAACGGGAUCUUAAGUUGCAAACUGCUACUCUGAUAACAUCAGAUUCGACGCUUCAGAUAUUGCAAGCUGAUUCAACGAAGAAAUCAGGUUUCAAGAAGUCAAAUGAUAGCUCUAGGCUUCAGGAGCUGUUGACAAGAGCUGACGAGCAAAACGCCCAUAAGCAGCAAUGUCUCUACCGGACAUGCGCUUCUAUCACAACUUUUAAAGUGCGUGAUCCGGACCCCAAUGCGGUAGAUGGGGGUAAUGUUUUGGGUUUGCGAUUCGAAGUCAUGUCCAAGUCUCGGUUCCUUCGACCCUAUUAUGUUAUGCUGAACCGGCCCUACCCGAAUUCCCGGUUUCUGCGUGUCCACCGGCAUACCGUUCCCCAGUGCAUACCACUAUCUGGAUUGACGGCUCGGUAUCUCCCUCCACCAGUAGCCAAAGACGACGACAGCGAUAUGCCAAAGAGGCAAGAUUUGUCGACGUUCGUGCGGGCGCUAAGGCGAGAGCUGGUUCGUUACCACAAUCGUACAGCCGUCAUCGGGGACCUACGGAGCAUGGCAGGUUUGGAGAGUAAGAAGGGAAAGGCUAAAGAAUUGGAGGUCCCAAUCACUGACAUCAGCGCGGCUGACGCACAAGCAAAGCAAAUCCGUGUCGAGUGGAGCGACGGACGCUCGGGACGGCUAGUAAUGGAUGACGACGGCGACAUCGUGAAGAUGGUCGUGCAGGGCGAGGACGGACAGGACCGAGAAACUAUGAGACAAUUUCUUGGCGGGAGCCUCCGUGUCGAAGAUGUCGUUAAACAGCUCGAAAGUGCAUGAGCCUGCAGGGCCAAGAUUAUAGCGACAAGCCACAAAACCUUCCUGAAUAUGAUAGGUCAUCUAUACCUUACCGGUCAAUGUACUACGGCUGUACGGGCGGCAUAAACCCAGUCACGAGCUUACGACUAAUAUCGGACCGCCGAACUCAAGAUGGAUCUGCACAGACGGAUUAGCGCAUGGGGUAGUAUUGGGCAAUAUGAAGAUAACGCCACAAAAGAAACCCCCUAAUGUAAGGAUGGGCCGAACGGACCUCAAUGAUAGUCGGGUUUACCGUUAUAUCAGGUGCCUAUCAGAGCCGAUGAAAACUAGGGAAUAUGCACGUGCCCGCCUAACAGAUCAACACAUCCAAUCGCCAAGAUUAGAGAUGCAGAUGUUGAUCGGCUUUUGAUUCUUAGUUUCCAGAAGGUCGACUUUAUAUAUUUUGGUGCACGACGAUAGCCUCAUUAUGUAACAAGGUCUUGUAAGGGCUUGGAACGGAUUCAUAUUAUUAAUAAUUUUCUAAGGUCUUAAGGUCCUUGAUGAUCUCUCUAUCUCAAUCUGAGGAGAUCACGACCUAUUUGUAGACGUUUCUAAGAGAUGUAUCUCC